AUGUCAAACAAAUGGUUUUCUAGAUAUAAGGACUCUUCAGGGAGGGCGGGGGUGGGGAUUAAUUUUGCAACUCUAUUUGUGAUAAAGGAAAAUUUUGAUACCCAAGCUAACCAUCGGUUUGGAACAAAUGUGCAAAGGCGUAUUUAUGGUCAUGCAACGGAUGUUGCAAUUCGUCCUCUAAAUGAAGAAAAAGCCGUUCAGGCUGCUGCAGACCUUUUAGGCGAACUCUUUGUGUUUUCGGUUGCAGGAGUUGCCGUUAUUUGUGAGAUGCAAAAUCGUUCCAGAGCAGAAGCCAGAAAAGAGGAACUGCGUAGGAAGGAAUUAGAGGCUAUGAAACAACGAGAUCAAGAGCUAGGGAGAGAAGUUGAGCUUCUUAAGCACAGAAUUGCAACGCUCGAGCAGGUUACCAAAGAUCAAAGCAUUGGUGGUAUUCUCAACUUCAAACGAGCAAGUAGCACUGGAAAUAAAGCGAUGAUGGCUUAA